AAAAGUUUUCAGCAGCGUACACUCUGAUUUUUCAAAGAACACAAAACGAAUAUUCGGUAAUCAUCCAAGAACUGGUGGUGUAAAUAAACAGAGAGAGGAAUAUCAACCAGAAAUCACUACUACAUGACAGAGGGAAGUAGUGUUGGCAGUGGAGGAGGAGGCGUUGUAAUAGUAAAUAUUCCCUCAUCAGCAUCAUCUGAUGAUGAAAUUAGGAAGGCUAAGAAUUCAUCCUCGAGGAAGGAGGAUGAAAAUUCUGGCUCAUCAUCUUGCUCUUUAAUGUUGCUAACGACAGCUAUCCUGUUUCCUCCUUUGGCGAUGGGGAUCUUGUUAAGAUUCCAUCUCAAGCACCCAAUGGAGAAGGGAGAGAAGGUGAGACAGAUUGUUGUUUGUGCCAUGCUGACCAUGUUGUGCUACGUACCUGGUCUUUUGCAUGUCAUAUUUGCCAUCUUGCAAGAGGCAGUUGGUGAUUAGCUUUGGGCGAGCAUGUAUUUUUGAUGACAAAUCACUUUUCAUGGAGCAUGAAAAUGUGUGGCCAUCAAGUUUGUGAUACAUGGUUACCAACAAGCAAACAUGUAAUUGGAUGCAUGCAUCAUGGAAACAUGGUUUUGGCAUGUCUUUUAAAUUUGAGCUAGGAUUGUAUUCAGAGAUGCGAUCUCGUCUUACCAAGUUUGUGAAAACAGCAGGAAAUUGAUCAAUUAGGGGAGUUUACCAUUUAAUUCGCCGUAGUAAAUAUUCCACCAAUCAAUUCUAUC